AUGCCUGCGAACAACGGAGUCUUCCAAGUGCUGCUUAACAACUCGUCAAGCUACGGCCUGACGCCUGUCGACAGCCAAAGCAACAUCAUCACCUUGGGAACUCUCCGUGAUCCCACUGCCAAGAUCCAAGGGUCCGGCCCUGCUGUCACGACGCGCAGCGUGCUCCUGAACACGGCUUAUGCAAACGAUGGAGCCGUACAGUUCUACGGUGUCAAGGCCCUCUUUCUCUACCGCCUCGCCGAAACGCCUGACACAGUCCUCGCCGUCUACGUGAUGCAGUGGUUUGACCGCUCCGUGGUCAAGCUUGCGUUCCUGGGUCACAGCGCGUGCGCGUCGUUUACGCCGUUGACGCUCGAUGCGUUCAACACCGCUGCUCAGAUCGGUUCGAGCGCCAACUGCAGCUUCUUCUUUGGUGAUAAGCUGCUUGCUGUUGAGGCUACUGCCAAGUUCCUUCCCGAUCAGCCUGGGCCCAGCGGGCUGCAAGUCAGCACUGUCGAAGUUUCCUUGAAGAAUAACGAAGCACCGUGA